GUCCGAUCUCAUGUUCUGCUGCUUCAAUUUGCCCCUGGCGACAUCGACCUUCUGGCACGGGUCAUGGCUCCACGGACCGCUUUUAUGUCGACUCUUUCCGCUACUGAGGUACGGCCUCGUCGCCGUCAGCCUCUUCACCGUCUUGGCCAUUACCAUCAAUCGGUACAUCAUGAUCGGCCACCCAAGACUCUAUCCCAAAUUAUACAAGCCCAAAUACCUCGUGCUGAUGGUCCUGGCAACGUGGCUCGGCGGCUUCGGGGCCCUGAUACCAACCUGGUUCGAGCAAUGGGGUCGUUUCGGCCUCGACCCAGCCAUCGGCUCCUGCUCGAUUCUCCCCGACGUCAAUAGCCGCAGCCCCAAAGAGUUCCUCUUCAUCCUCGCCUUCCUCGCCCCCUGCAUCGCCAUCGUCGUCUGCUACGCCCGAAUAUUCUACAUCGUGAGGAGGACGGCGCUCAAAAGCCGCAGACGCGACGAGGCGACAAAGGAGCUCGUGCGAUCUAAUUUUCAGACGAAGCUGUCCAAGAACCAGGAGGACUCGGCAAUCGGCUCCAUGAGCUGCCAGGCAACCCACACGAGCGAGAACAGCGGCUCGCCAAUCAAGUACGAGCACCAGGACCUAGUGCUCGGGGUCCCGGACACUCGUGUCAUACCGGAGGUCCGCGUCCAGGAUAAUCAGCCCCUGGAGCUACCACGGAGCCUCGAGCGUAUGCCGGCUAACGGCGUCUCCGAGCAGAUACUCGACACGGGUACCCUGCAGAAGGGCACCUCGCGAUUCCUCACGCCGCCCAUAAGGUACGAGGAGGUGUCGGACGAUUGCGCGAGCUCCCGCUCGGAUUCGCCCUCGGAGAAGAGGCGAACGAGCGACGGACGUCGGAGCGAGGCUACGUCAGCGUCAGGCGGUCGCGUCCUGGGCCGGGGCUCGCGAUUUCGGAGCGUCCGGGGCCGGAACUUCGAGACAGGCAAAAUGACGGCCAAGGAUAAGAAGCUCCUCAAGAUGAUCCUCGUAAUAUUCUCAUCGUUCCUCGUUUGCUACCUGCCCAUCACCAUCACCAAGACCUUCAAGGAAGUCAUAGACUGGCGGGGUCUCAACAUCGCCGGCUACAUACUCAUCUACCUGACCACGUGCAUCAAUCCCGUCAUCUACGUGGUUAUGAGCUCGGAGUACAGGAGCGCCUACAAGAACGUGCUGCUCUGCAGAAGCGACUCGGGUAACGCUGCCGGGAACGAGCGCCGGAAGCUGCAGCACAAGAAGCAGCGGCCCUCGAGGAAGAUACAGAGGAACGGCUGAUGAAGAACUUCCCCGGUCGUCAUGGAUUUCGUACGCAUUUUUGCUAAGCGUUUUUUUUUUUUUU